AUGGCGGGAAAUGCGAGUAUUUUGGGUCGCCCUUCGACAAGAGCGAAUUCUUCGACGGAGGGAAGGUCGCGCGCUUUCCGCCGGAGAUUUUUGACAAAGGAGCAGCAUGCGGCGCGUGCUACUUCGUCUCCGUGGAGCAAGAUCGCCAAGGAUAAGGAUAAGAAGCCAGUGGAUUUCAAAUACGAACGCGCUCCGUGCAGCAACGGGACGAGCAUCGCGGUGCGGGUUCGCGACGGGUCCACCGAAGACGAGUUUAAGGUGCAGAUCUUGGGAACUGCCGGCCCCGGAAGCGUGGAGCGCGUUGAGGUGUCGAACGACGGGUCCACGUGGAAGGCGCUGGAAAAGCCUGACGUCAAGGUGACGUGGAAGAUCAAGGGCGAAAAGGCUUUGCUGCGCGCCAAGAAAGCGCUUUCGUUCCGCGUGACCGCGAGGGACACAAAGGAGCAGGUCGUUCUUAAAGACGUGCUCCCCGCGGAUUGGAAAGCCGCCACGACUUACAAGUCGAAGGACGUGAACUUCAAGAAGAAGGACGAGGCGGCGAAGCCAAACAAGGACGGGGUGAAGCCGGGCGCCGUGCGAGCAGCGGUGACUAAGGCGGUUAUAGCGGUAAAGAAGGUGAACGAGGUGCUCACCAAGGCCACCAACGCGGUCUUGGAGGCGCUUAAGCAGAUCGCGGCAACAGGAAUCGCCAAGAACGAAUCCUUACGGUCUAACUCGAUCAUGGCCGUCGACGCGUCGCCGAGAAGAGGCGGCGCGGAGGGGGGCGCGGCAGGCGCAGCGGAAGAAGAGGGGCGUGAGGACGAUGCUCUCGCCAGAGCAGACGAGGCUCGGAAGGCUGCCGAGGCUAAGAAGGCGCUUCGGGCGGCGAACCUGCGGCCGAAGCGGCUGGGCGCGAGCGGCGAGGGCAAGGUCCUGGAUUCGAGCAUCAAGCGCAACACGGCGGUGAUCCGACGGCUGAAACAGCUCAGCGAGGAUCAGAGGGAAACCAUCCUGGAUGAGGUGCGGGCAGUGAACAUGAGCAAGUACGUGUCGGAGGCGGUGGCAGCCAUAGCAGAGGCCAAGCUCAAGAUGGCCGAUAUCCCCGCUGCCGUGCAGGUCUGCUCGCUGCUGCACCAACGCUACGCAGACUUCUCCCCAGCGCUCAUCCCCACCCUCCUCCGCGUCCUCAUGCCCUCCGUGCCUUCCUCCAAACCAACCACCGGCACCAGCAGUGGCAGCAGCACCACCAUCACCAGCAGCUUGUUUUUCGACGAUGUAGACGGGAGUGCAGUUGGCGUGGGCGGAGCAGGGGGGGGAGUCAGCGGGGCAGGGUUGGCAGGAGCGGGAGCAGCGGGGGGAGGGGGCGCGGUGGCAGGGGCAGGCAGUGCAGGCACAGGGGCGAGCCUGUCUUCCAGAAUAUCCCGCAAGCGGAGUGUGUUUCGGCUGCUAGUGGAGCUGUUCUUAUGCGGAGUGUUCGGCGAUGCGAGUAUGAUUAUAGGCGUGGUGUACACAGACCUGCCGGUAACCGCCGAGCAGCGCAAGCAGCUGAACAAGCUGGUCUCCUCCUUCUUCGAGGCCCUAUGCGCGCUCGUGCAGAGCGAGCAGGGCGUGCUGCGCGGCAUGGAGCGCGAGAUAGCGCGCAUGACAGCGCAGCGAGGGGAGGUGGGCGAGGACGUCACGGGCGCGUAUGAGAAGAGCCGCAGGGGACUGGAGCAGCUGCUGCGCAACGCCAACGCCCUGGCAGACGCCCUGGACCGGCCACCUGUUGUGCUGCCAGAGGACGAGCACACCACCCACGUGGCAGGGGGCGCGGACAGCUCAGCAGGGGGCGCGGGAGGGGCGGGGGCGGACGGCGGGAAGAGAGAGCCUGAGCCUCUACCCCUGUGGGACGAUGAUGAGACGAGGGUGUUCUAUGAAGACCUUCCAGACUUGAAGUUGUUCGUGCCUGCUGUGCUGCUGGGUGAUGGGGGCGGGAAGGGCGGGAAGGGGGAUGGCGAGGAGAAGGAGAGUGAGGAGGGCGAGGGGAAGGAGGAGAAGGAGAAGGGGAAGGAGAAGGGAAAAGAGAAGGACAAGGAUGAGAAAGAGAAGGGGAAAGAGAAAGAGAAGGAGAGUGAGAAGGAGAAGGAGAAGGUGAAGGGGGUGGAGGCGGCGAAGCUAGACGACUUGCUGCAGCGCCUGCCGUCUUGUGUCAGCCGAGACCUCAUCGACCAACUCGCCGUGGACUUCUGCUACGUGAACAGCAAGGCGAGCAGGCGCAGGCUGGUGCGGGCACUCUUUGCAGUGCCGCGCACGGCGCUGCAGCUGCUGCCGUACCACGCGCGCCUCACCGCCACGCUGGGGCAGUACAUGCGGGAUGUGGGGCCCGCACUGGUGCACCUGCUGGAAGAGGAGUUUGCAGCUCUCAAGAGCAAGAAGGAUCAAAUCAACAUAGAGUCCAAGAUGCGCAACAUCCGCUUCCUGGGCGAGCUCGCCAAGUUCAAGGUGGCGCCGCCAAGCCUCAUCUUCAGCUGCCUCAAGUCGUGCCUAGAGGAUUUCUCCCACCACAGCAUUGACGUGGCGUGUGCGCUGCUCGAGACUUGCGGGGCCUUCCUCUCCCGCCACCCCGACACCAAGGUGCGCAUGGGCAACAUGCUGGACAUCAUUCAGCGGCUCAAGAACGCGCGCAGCUUUGACGCGCACCACUCCACACUCAUUGACAACGCCUACUUCCUCUGCCGCCCUCCUGACCGCGUCGCCAAGGUCAUCAAGACACGCCCUCCGCUGCACCAGUACAUCCGCAAGCUGCUCUACGCUGACCUCAGCAAGUCCACGGUCGAGAAGGUUCUGCGGCAGCUGAGGAAGCUUCCGUGGAGCGAGUGCGAGGGGUACGUGGUGCGGUGUCUGGUGAAGGCCCACCGCGCGCGCUUCAACCAGAUCCACCUCCUCGCCUCGCUCGUUGCUGCUCUCUCCAGAUUCAGAGAAUCCGUUGGGGUGGCCGUGGUUGAUCAGCUGAUGGAGGACAUUCGGUUGGGGCUGGAGGCCCCGGACGGCACGCACCAGCAGCGGCGCAUCACAGCGCUGCGCUUCCUGGGCGAGCUCUACAGCUACCGCGUCGUGGACUCGCACCUCGUCUUCGACACACUGCACCUGCUGCUCUUCUUCGGCUGCGACACGCCUGAGGUGGGGUGGUAA